AUGGCAAAAACCGAGCAGGGCAAUGGACUCGACAUGCGGGGCAGCACAGAAAAGCUGACAGAUAGCGGGACGGGCGGCUUCAACGGGUCCGACCCAGAGGUACACGGUAAUGGCAUCGCGGAGGAGACUCAGGUGGACAAGUACGGCUUCGCGGGAGGAGCUCAGCAAUCCUCCGGAGACACUGCAGAAGGAAUACCUCAUGAGGUGCUAAGGCAGCGAGAGUCAAAAUGGCUGGAGAUGCUGAACAGCUGGGACAAGUGGAUGGCCAAAAAACACAAGAAGGUGAAAGAGCGCUGUCAGAAGGGAAUCCCUCCCUCUCUGCGUGGACGGGCCUGGCUCUACCUCACAGGGGGAAAAGUUAGAAGGGAGCAAAACCAGGGCAAAUUCCAGGAACUGGACGAUCAGCCUGGGGAUCCUAAAUGGAUAGAUAUUAUAGAGAGGGACCUCCAUCGACAGUUUCCCUUCCAUGAAAUGUUUGCGGCAAGAGGAGGUCAUGGGCAGCAGGACCUGUUCCGCGUGCUGAAGGCGUAUACUCUGCAUCGUCCUGAGGAGGGUUACUGUCAGGCUCAGGCUCCAAUCGCUGCUGUACUUCUGAUGCACAUGCCAGCAGAGGAUGCUUUCUGGGUUCUGGUCCAGAUCUGUGAGAAAUACCUCCCUGGAUACUACAGCACAGGGCUGGAGGCGAUCCAGCUGGACGGGGAGAUCCUGUACGCUCUGCUGCGGCGGGUGUCUCCUGUGGCCCACCGUCACCUGAAGAAGCACAAGCUGGAGCCCAUCCUGUACAUGACAGAGUGGUUCAUGUGUGCCUUCUCUCGGACACUGCCCUGGGCCUCAGUGCUGCGCGUGUGGGACAUGUUCCUUUGUGAGGGAGUAAAAAUCGUCUUCAAGGUCGGCCUGGUUCUCUUGAAAUGCAUGUUGGGAUCCCAGGAGAAACUGAAAACCGCUCAAGGUCUUUAUGAAACAAUGGAGCUACUCCGUGCUGUAAAGCUACAGUACAUGCAGGAAGGAUUCCUGGUGCAGGAGGUGAUUGAGUUAGCGGUGUCUGAGAAAGACAUAGAGAAGGAGCAUCACGCUCAGCUCAGGCGCUGGAAGGAGUCCCGCGGAGAUCUACACUGCAAGUCCCCUCCGAGGAUGCACGGCGCGAAGGCCAUCAUGGCUGCCGAGCCGCCCAGAAGACAGGACCUGAGGCAGAGGCCCACCAUCAUAGUGGAGUCUCCCCUGGCACUACAAACAGACGGGGUGAAGGCAGAGGGCGCCACGGAGAGCAGAAAGACUAAAGAGAAGAAAGAGAAGAAAAAUGCCUCCUCAUCACAGGAGACUGUUAAUCCUUACCUUCCUCCCAGUGACCCCUCACCUCUACUCAAUCACAUGACUGUGCAAGGGUCCAAAGAGAGUCUGAGCAGUGCUGAGCAUGACACUUACCUGUAGCAGGGUGAGUGCCAAAAGUUUACUCACACAAAUCAUUCCGCACAACGUGGCUGUUGUAGUCUAGGCUGUGACAAAUUUUAGUAAAGCUAUUUUUAUGAAGGUAAAACUCCAGGAAACAGUUGUUGAAAUAAAACACUUCAACAGUUGGCAAAAAUGCCCUUUUUCUUAGACUACUAAGUGUCAUUUUAUGUGCACAGGCUGUUGUUCUGUGUGGCAUUUUGACUAAGAAGCGUAAUGAAAAUGUACCAUAAGAUUAUUUUAUAUUUUUAAAGUAGAAUGAAACUGAUACAUGUGUAAUUACCAGGGAGUAACAGCAGAUGGCGACAACGUGCCUUUUGCAUUGAUGUCAACGAGGUUUUUAGCCUGUGGGAUUGUGAAGCUGUUAGCUUUAUAUGACUGAAUUUAUGGGGAUGUGAACUCACUAACUCACUGUUAAAAGCUACUUCUGCUAUUUACCUUUUAUAGCAGAACUCUGUUUAUAUUAUAGUCUUAUAAAUGAAGUAUGGUCCUGUCUGAAUUAAUGGGAUCUUUUCUGGAGCACUUCAAAGUCUUCCACUUUGCCUGCGUUUGUUGCUAUGUUGCCAUUGCAGAGAUUAGUAUUUUUCGUGCUUUGCUAGACUCACUCACACUGAUAUGCAGACACACAGAUAUGAAGUGUAUCUGUUAGGGAGUAUCUUUAGACAGUUAGGCUGCAUUCAGGAGUUUGUCUUUGCUGUUGCUGAACACUUGAGGGCGUCCUCAGAUCAUCUUGCAGCCGCAGCCGUGACCAGCAGCAUAAACCUUCUCCAGUUGUGUUGAUCUCAGAUGAAGGAAAGUGUGUAGGGAAUAUUUGUGCUACAAAGCCAAAGAUUUUUUUAAUAUACUGAGCAGUUUUAUCAAUCACAUUGUGAUACUGUAUUUGACUGUGUUCAGUAUCAGAGAGCUUUUCAGGUUUUUAUUUAUGAUGUGAGGAGAUAUGGCGAAAUGUCAUUUUAAAGCACUCUAACACAAAAGUGUUUUUUCACAAUUGUGCUGAAAGUUUGUGGCCCCUUAGCCUUUCAAAUAUUUGAUUUCACAGAAAAAGAAAGCUUGAGUCUUACAUCAGCCCAUACACUCCCAUUUUUUUUUAAAUUCUUGCAUCCUAAACCAGGAUGACAUGAAUGUGCUACAUGGUGUUACCUUUUUUAAAACCACUGCCACAAUGAGCUCAAAAUAAAGGUUUCUUUGUCAACCAUAGCUGAUUGAAGGCUCUUGUGUAGGCGCCAGAAUGAACUUGUAAGAAAUCCAGUUGUGAAUAAAUUUAAGCAAUAAAAGGUAUUCGAGGGAGACAUAAACCUUCAGUGGUGUAGUGGUGCCUAAAUAAUUGGGUAUACUCUUAAUUUUUUCCCCACAGUUUUACUUUUUAAGGGGCCGGUCCAGCAGAGUAUAAGCGGCCUCUGUUAUUAACAGUGGUAAGAUUACACAGUUGUAAAGUACUAGUCAAGUAGAAACAGAAUAGGGAGAGUCAUCUCUUCACCAUCCUAGGAAACAAAACUGCAGCAUACUACUGAAUAUUGUCAAUUAAGAAGUGGGUAUGCCCUAUUGAGACUGAAAAAUAACUGGGUAUACUCUGCCUGAACUACACCACUGACUUUAGGUGAUGAGCAAACAGUUUGUGUUGAUAUUCAUAGUAUCUGACUUGUUUCAAAGAAGAAAUUCUUGAAUAUAAUCAUAAACAAUCACCAUUUAACAAUCUUCUUCCUGGACUGUACUUAAUCAGCAGUUAAAGUGUAAUUGUACUACUACUAACAACAACAACAACAACAACAUGUAUUGUAAAGUGUUUUGUAAUAAAAUAUUUUUUGUUUUUUUGUGAUUUGAAAACAUGUAGAGAUUUUUUUUUUUAAGUAUGUGCUGGGAGUUGAUUGAGAAGCACUGUGUUCCUGCCACAUCCCUGAAUCUUUAAACAAUGUUGUUCCAAUCUGUAGCAAGAACAUGUGCCAUAAUGCCACAGUGGGGCAGGUUAUGGGUUGACUUUCUACGUUGAGUUUUCUCUACUGUCGUGUAGAUGGUGCUACAGAGCUUCAUUCAGGGAUUCAUAUAACUAGUGACUCAGUCAAUCUGAAGGAUACAGGCUGUACAAGAUGUUCUUGCCAUCUUAAAACAAAAUGUUUGAAUGUGAUUGAAAUGAAAACUGAUGAAAUCCAAAUACUAACCACUCCAAAAGGAAGG